AUGGCAUCAAAAGUUCUUUCGAGAGUUCGUCCGACAACUCAACUUCUUGGACGAUCAUGGCAAAACUUCUCGAGAACCGCUGCAACGGCCGCAGCCCAGAAGAAGGAAGGCGACAUCUCCGAUGCCUUCGCCUCCUUGAGUGGCAUGCAAUUUGAGCCCCUCGAACCACGCUUCAAAGACGUCAAAGCACGCCUGAUAGCCGGCCAUGAGCAGGCCGUCCACGACUCCUGGAAUCGACUGUUGGCUUCUUUGCGAGAGGAGAUCUCCGUCAUCUCCAAGCUCGGCUCCAAAGUCAUACCGGAGAUCGACUUCAAAGACAUCGACGACGCCUCGCCCGAAUUCCGAGCGGAGCACAAGAAACGCGGCGUAGCUGUCAUCAGGAACGUGGUCCCCGAAAGCGAAGUGCUAGGCUGGAAAGAUGAGCUCCGCUCGUACAUCAAAGCGAACCCGCAGACCAAGGCCUUCCCGCCGGACAACCCGCAAGUCUACGAGCUCUACUGGUCGCCUGCUCAAAUUAAGGCAAGGGCCCAUCCUAACCUCAUCAAGGCGCAGAAGUUUCUGAUGGAGUUUUGGCACUCGAGAGAUCCGAACGCCUUGGUCUCAAGUAGCCAUCCGACCAUGUACGCUGAUCGGUUGAGGAUGCGAUUGCCGGGUGAUGCAAAGUUUGCUCUUGGGCCGCAUGUGGAUGGUGGUUCGUGUGAAAGGUGGGAGGAGGAGGGUUAUGGAAGAGGCAAGGUCUAUGAUGCGGUGUGGAAGGGGAAGUGGGAGGAGUAUGAUCCAUGGGAGAGCAGUACGAGACUACCCGUGGUCAGCGAUCUGUAUCAGGGCGUAGGAGCUUGCAGUAUGUUUCGUAUGUUCCAGGGGUGGUUGGCGAUGAGCAACACAGGCCCGUACGAAGGUACCCUCUUGGUCAAUCCUCUCCUCAACCGUGCAACGGCCUACUUCCUCCUUCGACCCUUCUUCUCGCCCAAAGUCGCCGCGGAGAACACCACACCCGAGUCCUACAACGAAACCUUCCUUGACCCAAACAAUUGGCAACUCGACCUCUCCAACUCAUGGCUCCACGGCGCUUCCCUAGGCCAUGGACAAGAACUGCGACCGUUCCUGCAUCCGCACCUCAAUCUCACUUCCUCGAUGGUGCACGUACCGCGAGUCAACCCUGGAGACUACUUCAGCUGGCACUGCGAUACUAUUCACGCCGUCGAUAGUGUCCAUGCUGGCAAGUCGGACAGCAGCGUGAUGUACAUCCCUGCUUGCCCGCUCACGGUCGCCAACGCGGAGUUUAUGGCACGACAAAGGGCAUGCUUUCUUGAAGGCACGCCUUGUCCGGACUUUGGCGGAGGCAAGGGCGAGAGCGAGCAUGUCGGAAGGCCAGGUGCUGGGGAUGUUGAAGCUGUCAACCCAGUCGAAGGUAUGCAAGCUUUCGGCUUGCGGGAAUGGGACAGUGAUGUGCCUGGGCUUACGAGUGGGCAACGUGAAGUCAUGGAUCGGGCGAACAAGAUGUUGGGAUUUUACGAUUGA